AUGGGAUACGAAACGGAAGUGCUCAUUGAGGUGUCCUACUGGACUCUGUUAUUGGCAACACUUCCGCUACUGGGUCUUGUCUGGGCAUCUUGGUACCUGAAUCUUGGCAUUGAAAAUGGAAUGCUUGUUGGAAUAAUCCGUGCGCUGAUACAGCUUUCUGUAUUGGGUAUCAUAUUGGAGCCAAUCUUUGUUCGGGGAAAAGAAAUGUGGGGGCUAGUCUUGGUCUAUGUCAUGUUCAUGAUUACCUUGGCAUCCUACGAAGCGACCGCACGGUCUCGGUAUUAUUUCCAGGAUAUGUUCUGGUAUGUCCUUGCAAUGCUAGUGGCAAACGUGACCGUUGUAUCAUUAUUCGCCUUUGGGUUGCUGUUGAACUUGGAUCCACUCUGGGAUCCUCAGUAUGUGAUUCCAAUGAUGGGAAUGCUGCUCGGAAACUGCAUCAACGGGGUAUCCUUGUCCAUGAAUUCUUUGCUGAGUGGAGUGGUGGAAUCCUCGCGAGAAAUUGAAUUGCUCCUCAGCUUUGGUGCUACUACCAAUGAGGCAAGUAAGAGAAAUGUAAAGGACGCCAUUCGAACGGGAUCUUUGCCGGGGCUGAAUGGUAUGGCAAUCAUUGGACUGAUAUCGAUCCCUGGAAUGAUGACGGGCCAAAUUCUUGGUGGAACAUCCGUCACACAAGCAGCACGAUAUCAAAUCUUGAUUACAUAUUUGAUUGCUAUGAGUUCCUUUGGGACGAUUUUCUCUCAAAUCUUUCUUGCAAUUCGCAUGUGCUUUGAUUCCAAACAAAUGCUUCGGACGGAUUGGUUGAUGAAGCGGUCCGGUAAAAAGUCAUUCUUUGCUGCUAUUUUUGAUCUCAUUCAAAGUUGUUUUGUCGGAUCUGUGAAAAAGGAUGCAACUGCCAAAGGUUCACUAGAUGAAGUCUCUACUCUAGCGCCUAUUGGUUCUCUUGCCAUCAAGACACCGGUCGAAAAGCAGCAAAACCAAUGCAUCAUUGAAGUGUCUGGGCUUUCGUUUGCCUUUGAUAAGAGCAAGAAUUCCAGUGAGACGGUACAAAGGCGGAUUCUUUUUCAAGACCAACAUUUUCGACUACGGGAGGGAGAGCGGGCCCUUGUGGAUGGUCCAAGUGGCGUUGGCAAGAGUACACUGUUCCGAAUAAUCGCAGGACUAGUUCCAAGCUGGGAAGGCGACGUUUCACUGUGUGGAAUCAAACAAUCUUCUCAUCAAGACAUGUCUGUCUGGCGGAAACAGGUGCUCUAUGUUCCACAGACAAAAGUGGACGUCCCAGGCAGUCCAAAUGCUCUGUUGGAGACCAUUAGUCAAUUCAAAGUGUGGAAGACAGGAGGGAUUGCUGAUUCACCUUCGUUGGACGAAAUGACAACGAGCGUCAAAAGUCUCAUCGAAAACUGGGGGCUGGACGAGACCCUACUCAAUUCCGAGUGGAAAGAGCUUUCUGGCGGGGAAAGUCAACGGAUGCUACUGGCAAUCUCUCUUGCCUCUAGGCCAAAAGUCAUUCUGCUGGACGAGAGUACAUCAGCUUUGGACAUGGCAACAAAAGUCAAAGUGGAAAAAAGUAUUGAAACCUAUUGUGAGAGAGAAGGAAUGGUAGCAAUAUGGAUCACGCACGAUCAAGGUCAGCAGAAACGACUGGCAGUUAGCUUGCAAGAGGGCUCUGGGAUCUCGACCACCAUAGUGUAG